AUGAGUAGCGAGGAUAAGUCUGUACAAGGCGCUUAUAUCGAUGACUCUACAUCUUUCGAAUCAUUUCACCUUGACUCUCGUUUAUUACAAGCUAUUAAGAACACAGGAUUCCAAAAUCCAACACUAAUCCAAUCACAUUCCAUUCCUUUGGCUUUACAGGAGAAGAGGGAUAUUAUUGCAAAGGCAGCUACCGGUUCUGGUAAGACUUUAGCUUACUUGAUCCCUGUUAUCCAAACUAUUCUAGAGUACAAGAAAACAAUUGGUAACGAAGAAGAAAAUGGCACUCUAGGUAUUAUACUUGUUCCAACAAGAGAACUUGCCCAACAGGUGUAUAACGUUUUAGAAAAACUAGUCCUAUACUGUUCAAAAGAUAUAAGAACUCUGAAUAUAUCAUCUGACAUGUCUGGUUCCGUUUUGAAUACUUUACUAAUGGACCAGCCAGAAAUCAUAGUUGGCACACCUGGUAAGUUGUUGGACCUACUCCAAACUAAGAUUAAUUCCGUUUCUUUGAAUGAAUUAAAAUUUCUAGUUAUUGAUGAAGUGGAUUUAGUAUUAACAUUUGGUUACCAAGACGACUUGAACAAAAUUGGUGAAUACUUACCCUUGAAGAAAAAAUUGCAGACUUUCCUAAUGAGUGCAACCUUAAACGAUGAUAUACAAGCUUUAAAGCAGAAAUUUUGUCGUUCUCCAGCUAUUCUUAAAUUCAAUGACGAAGAAAUAAAUAAGAAUCAAAACAAACUGCUUCAAUACUAUGUUAAAGUUAGUGAAUUUGACAAGUUUCUAUUAUGUUACGUUAUUUUCAAACUUGGCUUGAUCAAAGGUAAGACACUGAUUUUUGUUAAUAAUAUUGACAGAGGAUAUAGACUCAAGCUAGUCAUGGAGCAAUUUGGUAUCAAAUCUUGUAUACUAAACAGUGAGCUACCCGUUAAUUCGAGGCAACAUAUUGUUGAUCAAUUUAACAAAAACGUCUACCAACUACUAAUUGCUACAGAUGACACCGAGUAUAUGAAAGAGGAGGAUGAAGACAUAGAAGAAGGACAUAAUAGCGAGAAUGAACAGGAGAGGCCUUCGGAAGUCGAACCAGAAAAUGGUGAAAAGCCAAGUAAGAAAAGGAAGGUCCAAGUGAAGAAAGACAAGGAAUAUGGUGUUUCUCGUGGUGUUGAUUUUAAGAAUGUAGCAUGUGUCCUAAAUUUUGAUUUGCCAACAACAGCCAAGUCGUAUGUACAUAGAGUAGGUAGAACUGCUCGUGGUGGUAAAACCGGUACAGCAAUUUCAUUUGUGGUCCCAUUGAAAGAAUUUGGUAAGCAUAAGCCGUCAAUGUUGCAAACGGCUAAAAGAGAUGAAAAGAUUCUUUCGCGUAUCAUCAAGCAACAAAGUAAACUAGGGUUAGAAUUGCAACCUUACACAUUUGACCAAAAACAAGUUGAAGGGUUCCGUUACAGAAUGGAAGACGGUUUCCGUGCCGUGACUCAAGUCGCCAUCAGGGAAGCCAGAGUGAAAGAGUUGAAACAGGAAUUACUGGCAAGUGAAAAAUUGAAAAGACAUUUCGAAGAAAAUCCAAAAGAACUACAAAGUUUGAGGCAUGAUAAAGAGUUACAUCCAGCAAGGGUGCAACAACAUUUAAAGCGUGUUCCGGAUUAUUUGCUUCCUGAAUCGGCCAGAGGAAAUGGGGCUAAAGUCAAGUUUGUUCCGUUCCACAAUCCAAAGAAGCGUCAUCCACAUAGAAAGGGUAAAGUUGGUAAACCUAAAAAUGGUAAAGUUGAUCCAUUAAAAAACUUCAAAUGA